AUGUCUAUCUCAGGAGCAUUGCUAGUGACCCUUUACAAAGGUGCUCCCAUUCGCAGCUUUCGAACUCAACCCUCGACACCGCAACAUUUCCAGACUCUUUUAGAAGAAACCAGUUUUGUUGGAGCAGAUAUUGCUAAUGUUUGCAAUGAAGCUGCCCUGAUUGCUGCAAGAACCGAUGAAGCACAAGUCACAAUGGAUCAUUUCGAGGCAGCUAUUGAUAGGAUCAUUGGUGGUUUGGAGAAGAAGAACAAGGUCAUUAAGAAUGAAGAUCUUGAAGAGUUAAAGGAACUGGGUUCUGAUACAUUUGGGACUGUUUAUCAUGGAAAAUGGAGAGGAACAGAUGUUGCUAUCAAGAUAAUAAAGAAGAGUUGCUUCACUGGUCGAUCAUCUGAGCAAGAGAGACUGGAUCUCAGAAAGAAGCUAGCUAGGAUGGAAUACGGUGGUGGGAUAGUGGACGACGGCGGUGUAUUUGGGACUAUGGUUGGAGGAGAUCAAGGAGAUAUAAUUGAGGAGCUCUUAGGAGAAGGUUGCUGGAUUGAAGCUAGUGAGAAUAAUAUGAUGGCUAUGCAGCAAACUGCAUCGACGCAGCAACAACACUACAUGGCCAAUAAUAUUCCCAUUGGAAUGGGAGAAGGUGACCAUGUUAAUCAUCAUCAAGUUGAUCAGGAAAGUGGUUUUGUUGUUGGGAAGAGAUGGUGGAUCGGGCUGAGGGCGAGUCAAGGUCCAUCGACUUUGGUGAAAGAGAGAUUAGUAGUUGCUAUUGGUUACUUAAAAGAGUACACAAAGAACUCUUCCAACAACGUUCUUAUUCACAUAUGGGUGCCUGUUCUAAGGAGGAGAUCAGCAAUUCAAUAUCUGCAGCAGGAUUCCAGUUCAUCUGUUCCGAUUUCUGUGAAUCCAAACAUGAAUGUUCAUGUUCGAUUCUUUAGAAGCCACGAGUAUCCGCGACAUCAGCAACUGCAGCAACAGUAUGGUUCUCUUCUAGCAUUUCCUGUGUUCGAAAGAGGAAGUGGAACAUGUCUAGGUGUCAUUGAGUUUGUUAUCGCCAAUCAAAACCUCAUCAAUUAUCGUCCACAACUCGAUCAUCUCUCCAAUUCUCUCAAGGCUGUUGAUUUUAGAAGUAGCCACAACAUGAAUAUUCCACCAGCAGUAAAGGUUUUUGAGGAGUUGUACGAAGCAACGGUGAAUGAGAUCGUAGAGGUGUUUGUAUGCAAGACUCAUAAUUUGCCACUAGCGCUAACAUGGGCUCCUUGCAUACAACAACAAGGAGGAGGAAAAGGUACUACCGGUGGUGGUGGAUGCAGUGUUUCGAUUACAGUUCCAACGGAUCAGAUGAACAAUAAUAAUCAUAUGAUGAGUUGCAUAUCGAUUAUUGAUUCAGCUUGUUAUGUUGGUGACAUGGAGAUGUUAAGAUUUCAAGAUCAAAUGGAAAUGGUUGAAGAGGAUAAAGAUAUAGAAAUGUUGCCAAAACAAAAAUAA